AUGGAGGAACGGGAAAAUGACAACGGGACAUCAUCCAUGGAUUUUGUGCUGCUGGGAAUACAUGAUGUCCCCACGCUCCAGAACCUGCUCUUUCUCCUCUUGCUUAUGAUCUACUCAGUCACCAUGGUUGGGAACAUCCUUAUCGUUGUGCUGGUGGUGGCAGACCAGCAUCUGCACACCCCCAUGUACUUCUUCCUGGGCAAUCUGUCCUCCCUGGAGACCUGCUACAGCUCCACCAUCCUGCCACGGUUGCUGGCUGCCUUCCUGCAUGGGCACAGCAGCAUCUCUGCACAUGGCUGCAUGGCUCAGUUCUACUUCUUCGCUUCGUUUGCGACUACGGAGUGUUGCCUGCUGGCAGCCAUGUCCUACGAUCGGUACUUGGCCAUAUGCCAGCCCUUGCUCUAUGCAAGCCGCAUGACCUGGAAGGUCUCUUUACAUCUUGCAGCUGCAUCUUGGCUAUGGGGUUCACUGCUGCUGGUGGUAGUCACAGUCUUCUUAUCCCAGUUGCAGUUCUGUGGCCCAAAGUCCAUUGACCACUUUUUCUGUGAUUUCACCCCGUUGCUGGAGCUUGCCUGCAGUGACACCAGGGUGUUCAUGCUCAUUGAGUUCAUCUUUGCCUUCCUGGACCUAAUCUUCCCCUUCCUGUUCACGCUGGCCUCCUACAUGUGCAUCAUAGCUGCCAUCCUGAGGAUCCCAUGCAGCACAGGCAGGCAGAAGGCCUUCUCUACCUGCUCCUCUCACCUCACUGUUGUCUCUGUUUUCUAUGGCACCCUCUUUGUUGUCUACAUGCUGCCCAGAACAGCCCUGCUGAGGCAGCUCAACAAAGUGUUCUCCUUUUUCUACACCGUCCUCACACCCCUGGUCAAUCCCCUCAUCUACAGCCUGCGGAACAGGGAGGUCAGGGAGGCUCUGAGGAAAAUGCUCAGGAAAGCCAUGGCCUGCACCCACAGCUACCUUGGUGACAGAGGCAAAAGACACUUCUGGUUCCUUCGAAGAGGAAAGCUCUAG